AUGAAGCUUUUGGUGAAAUUGAUUACUGGAAUAUACCGUGAGGUUGAAAUAAAUCCUGGGGCCACAGUCAGUCAACUGAAAAAAGAGAUUGAACAGCUGACCGAUGUGCCUGCGACAUCUCAGAAAUUAGCCAUCACGAAGGACGGACGGAAUCUCAUACUGGAGAAUGGCAAGAGGCUGGACGAUUACAGCGACCUGUCGGACGGGGACACUGUGGCUGUCCUAGUUACCGAGGAGCAAGUCUUUCUGAAGAACCACAAAGGGGAAAAUCAUCGUUACUCCUUCAAUCCCAGCGAAAGUGUGGCUGACUUCAGUGGCAGGGUGUCACGCCAAGAGGGUGUCCCUCAAGAACAACAGCGCCUAAUUUAUGAUGGCCGUGCACUUAAUGAGAGCAAGCGAAUGGCCGAUUAUAGCAUCAGGGGCAACUCAACUGUCCACCAGACCCUGCGACUCCGAGGAGGUUCAUAUCAAGAGUAA